GUAGCUCCUCCGCCGGCAGCAACUCGGCGCCCGCGGUCCAUGGACCGGAACCCCGGGCCGACGGGCAGGAACCCCGGCCGCGAUCGCCGUCUCCCCGCCCUAGGCUCCUCCUCCUCGCUCCCCACUGCCUCCUCCGGACGCCCGCGGGCCGCGCACCGCCACCGCCGGGCUCGCGGAGCCGCCCCGGGAGGCUGGGUGGCGGGUUCGCGGCUGCCGCCGGACUGAGGCCUAGUCCGCCGCUUCUCAGUGCUAUUGUCUUGGGCCCGGCCCUGACCGGGCUCACCGGAGAGGCGAGUGCGCCGGCUCCGCCGAAGAUGCCGGACCAAGCCCUACAGCAGAUGCUGGACAGAAGUUGCUGGGUGUGUUUUGCCACUGAUGAAGAUGAUAGAACAGCUGAAUGGGUGAGACCAUGCAGAUGCAGAGGAUCUACAAAAUGGGUUCACCAGGCUUGUCUACAGCGCUGGGUGGAUGAAAAACAAAGAGGAAACAGUACAGCCAGAGUGGCAUGUCCUCAGUGCAAUGCUGAAUACUUAAUAGUUUUUCCAAAGUUGGGUCCAGUUGUUUACGUCUUGGAUCUUGCAGAUAGACUGAUCUCAAAAGCCUGUCCAUUUGCUGCAGCAGGAAUAAUGGUUGGCUCCAUCUAUUGGACAGCUGUGACUUACGGAGCAGUGACAGUGAUGCAGGUUGUAGGUCAUAAAGAAGGUCUGGAUGUUAUGGAGAGAGCUGAUCCUUUAUUCCUUUUAAUUGGACUUCCUACUAUUCCUGUGAUGCUGAUAUUAGGCAAGAUGAUUCGCUGGGAGGACUAUGUGCUUAGACUCUGGCGCAAAUACUCAAAUAAACUACAAAUUUUGAACAGUAUAUUCCCAGGGAUUGGUUGUCCUGUUCCUCGAAUUCCAGCUGAAGCUAAUCCUUUAGCAGAUCAUGUCUCUGCCACCCGAAUUUUGUGUGGAGCCCUCGUUUUUCCUACUAUUGCGACAAUAGUUGGUAAACUAAUGUUCAGUAGUGUUAACUCUAAUUUACAAAGGACAAUCUUGGGUGGAAUUGCUUUUGUUGCCAUUAAAGGAGCGUUCAAGGUUUACUUCAAACAGCAGCAAUAUUUACGUCAGGCACACCGCAAAAUUCUAAAUUAUCCAGAGCAAGAAGAAGCAUAAAACUGUGACUUCUCGUUGUUCUGCAGUCCUCUCAUUCUUAUGAAUCUGUUGUGUUGUUCUGAUUCCAUCAUUGAUGCACAGUAGUGGAGACUUGUAAUAAGCUGCUGCUCUCAUAUUUUUAAGACAUAUAAUAAAGCACUUAGGGCAGGGGAAACCCUCUCAGUAAUCACAGAACCUAAGGAUGUGAUUUGUUUUCAUUGUUUUGUUAUGUACUUCUUUCAUGGCGGUCAUCUGAACCAUUAUCUUAGCAUGGUGAACCUGAGUUUUGUUCAUAUUUUCCUCAAGACAGAAAUGUAAAGAUCAAACUGCAAAUAUUUAAAAAUAGACAUGCUGUUUUAUUCAAAUGCCUCUUUUGUACAUGUUCAUGUUCAGUGUUUUCUUAGAAUUAGCAACUCAAUGAAGGUACUGUGAGGAUUUUUCUCACUGGCAUAAUUUGAUUAUAAGCUAAACAGAAGUAUAUGUUAAUAUGAGGAAAUGUAAAUUAGUUAUAAAUAAUUAACAAACCAAAAAUGUAUGUAAACAUUCAAAUGAUUAUCUGAAGAAAUGCAGUUUUGUUGUGUUUUUCUUAACCCGUGUGAUGUCCUCCAAAAUGUGUAGGGUAAAAAUUCACAGGGCUUCCAGAUCACUUUUUCACUAUUAAAUUUUAUUUAAAUAAUGUUGACAUCUCAGUGUGUGUGUGUGUGUGUGUGUGAGAGACAGAGAGACAGACAGACAGACAGACAAACUAACACAGAGACACAGGUAUCAAGUCCUUCCAUCACUGGAGAAAGUUUUUUAAAUUCAUAUUUCUAGAAAAUAGAACUGACAGUUUAUAGUAGUUUGAGCACAGAGAACGGUUUGCAGAAAAUCAAUAGUUAUUUUACUCUUCUCUCUCAUCGAUUCAGUUAUUCAGGUAUUUGUUGAUCACCUCCUGCUUGCCCAGGCACUAUGCAAAGUGCUGUGUGGGAUACAGUGGUGAACACAACAGAUUUGGUUCCUCCUUUUAUGUAGUUUACAGUCUAAUUUCAACAGACAGAAAGCCAGCAGUGAGUAAACCAAGGUGAGGCCUUGAGCUCUUUGUUUUUAUACCAGUCAGUGAGGAAUAAUUAUGAAAACAAGAAGUCUUGAGCAAAUAUUAAGGUCAUUGUUUUUGUGAGAUUAUUAUGAGGAAAAAAAACUACUAAUGUUUUAAAAUUUAAAUUGCUUGUCAUAUCGAGGCUAGCACCUUAAUAAUCACUGUAUAAGUAGUUUUAUAUUCAUUUUUCAAAAGCAGUUAUUUUAAAGAUAUUUCCAAAAACCCUAUUUAUUUUCUAGUUCACAGUAUCUAAUGCAUGACAAUAUGAAUGCUCCCCCCUACCAAUUAAGUGGCCACUUUUCUUUAGGAUUGUGCAAAUAUAGAUUGAGCUUUGUUAGACUGCAGUGAUGUAUGCUAAUUUAGUAAUUUAAGACUGGUAACUUUCUAUAGUAUGAAUGUCUUAAUUUUGAGUAAUAACAUGAAAUUUAUGUGAAUGACUUGAACAUUCAAAGUUGUAUUUACUUAGGAAGGGAAUAUUGACUGACAGCCUUAUUAAGAACCCUGCUACAGUUCUGAAGGGGAAAUAAAAAAUCUAUGAUUAUAUAUAAAAAUAGAUUAUAUAGCUAUAAUUAUCAAAUAUACUGGCUUUUCUUUAAUUUUCGAUAUGAAAAGAUGAUAUUUCCUGCAUAAUUUUUUAAUAUAAAACAGCUUCUGGCAGCCUUUACUAAAGUUAUACAAGCACAUAGUUCUCCAUUUAAUACUUUAUGCCCAAAAUGGGGGAGUAACUGCUUGGGUUUGUUUGGCGUCAGGGCUUGAGAGGCCAGAGGAGCAGCUCUAAUCCUUUGGGGGUAGGGAGAGGGAGUUUCUAGGGUUCUGGAGGGAAUCGCAACUGCCUGGGGACCAGAGGAGCCUCAGCCUCGGGAUGGAACAUUUGGAAAUCUAAAGAGCUCAAGAAGUACCAUGUACCAGCCUCUUCAGAAAGUGGCCCACACCACCACAGCAACAAAAUCAUGGGCUAACUAAAGUCGGGUGGACCUGGGUUGAAAUACUAAUUGUGCUUUUAAUAAUUAUAGGUAUGACUUUGACCAAGCAACUUACCUCUUAGCCAUGGUUUUCCUCAUCUCUGAAAUAUGAGCAAUACUUUGUUUCAGAAGACUGUUUCUAGGAUUAACUGAGAAAUUAAAGGAACAGAGGCACCUUAACUAAGCUCAUAAUAGCCCCUACAGAGUCGUAGUGUUUCAAUUGCUGAACUCUAGGAAGAGGGAAUGAGGUAGUAAGAGAAACACCAGGGGACAGAUUAAAGGAAUGCUCUAGACUUUGGGGAUGGGUGGGUAUAUUUGUGUUUUCCAAUUUAUUUUCACAUUGCUUUACUGUGUUAUUUCUAUAAAUGUUAAUGUUUUAAACCUCUUUUAUAAAAUUCAGUGACAACUAGUAGGAUUCUCUUGUUUGCAGAAAUUAACUUAUCUCAAACGUGGCAGAAAAUAUUGUUCAUCAUUACAUGAUUAUCAAAUGACUGUGAAGAAUAUAAAAUUAAACUAAGUGACUUAAUUAGUCACUGCCUUGCUAACUGUGCUGUAAUUUUUUUAAAUGUCUUGUUUUUAACAUAGACUAUCUCAACACUGGCUGGAUUAGGUUAAAUAAAGAAUUUUUACGUUC